GCCAAGAUGAUUGUGAGAGAAAUACAUCCAGGAUUCAGACGGAGAGCCCAUGGUCUUCCAAAUCAAGGUACAGUAGUGAGUGGGCGGCAGGGCGGUGGAACUUUGAAAUAAUCCGCAGUUCCAAGUGCCAAGGAACCAAGUAGAAACCAGUUACAGCGACAGCUAGGGACCCCCGAGGGAAGCAAGCACGAUGUGAAAGACGUGCUUUUAUUUUGGGGGGGUCAAGGGGCUCAUUGGUGGCGAUCCUUAGGCAAGGAGGAAAAUGCUCAGCCUGCACAUCCCCGGGAGUGGGGGGAAGACAGCAGCCUUGUAACCCCGGAGAACAGGAGGCGGACUACAGAUCGAUGUGCACAGAGAAGUGAGAGGAUGUGAGGAAGACAGCAACAGAGAACUAGUGAGCCAGGCUGGAGUCAUCUGAUAGACACAGCAGCGAGAAUGAUUUAGGCUGCUGGGGAGGGUCCAAUGAGAAUUCAAGAAGGCACGGCUUCGGAAAUCCUGCUCUGAUCUUCCCACUUUCAGGUUUUAAGAGUUACCUGCGUUGGGAACAUUAUUAUUAGGAUUAAUAGUAUUCCAUCAGUAUUUCACUAGGCUUUCCCGGGCACCUUUCGCUCCCAGCGACAGGGGAGACAUAGUCAGGAAACCCCACACAACCAAACCCCAAAUAAGCCACCACCACUGGCCACAUUGUGAUGCCCAAAUCUUCAGCGAUUUGUAUUGGAGGGUGGGGGUGGGGCUGGGGGGGUAAGGGAUCGAAGAACCGAAGAUGCGGGCGAGGCCAGGUCUCGGGGCGCGUUCGGGGUGCUGCGCGAGGGAGGCUGGGGCCCGGGGACCGUGACCGCGCCACACGCGCCAGUGGAGGCGGCGGCAGCAGCCCGCCUGGGUCCCACUUUCUCGCCGAAUCCUGCUGCCCGAGACUCAAGCAAUUGACUUCCAUUGGACCCUCAGUCCCCAAACGCCUUGCUGGAAGAGCUAGAGCUUUAGAGGUGCUGAGGACCGUCCCUGGGGAGCAGGUGGCCGGCGGAGAAGCCCCCGCCUCCCCUCUGACAGCUGCACGGCUACCGAGGUCCAGUGCGCUAGCAAGGGCUUUGCGGCCGAACGCGUUAUGCCGUUUUCGUGUGCCUGUACUGCACGAACGAUCGCCCGAUCGAUCGAGACGGAGGCGCCGUAUGAUACAGGGAAUAAACAUUUGCCCUGGAUCAAAAUGUUCUUGGCUGUAUUCCAGACCUAAUGAUGUCCUAGGGCAGAAGAUUUUCCUUCGAUUUUCUCAUUUUACCAACAAGAAGAUUUCUAUGUGUGUUUCUGUGUUUUAAAGAGACUGACAAGUGCUACUAGGAAGGCCUAAUGUCCACCUGAAGAGGAUGAAUAUCCUCAACUAAGUUCUCUGCAAACGCAGCCUUAACGGUUGGGCUACCUGAAGUGCAUCAUUUCCAUAUACAACCGCAAUACCCAAACCCACCUGCAUGUUUGUUACUCAAAGGACUACAUUUGUUUAUUGAGGGCAUGACCCAACUCCAAUUAGAAAAAUCUAACAUUAAAAUGUUUAUCUGUGAAAUAAAUAUGAAAUUGCAGCUCUUAAAUAUUUGGGAAAAAAAGAGACAAAAUAAAAAGCAUUAAUGC